AUGAUCCUGGACAUGUUCACUGGUGCCCCUCCAGAGGAACUAGUGGCCAGGGAUGAGAAGAGGCAAGAAGGAGACUACUCUUGCUCAGGUUCACGUGUAGAAGUCGCAGUGCGCAUCUGCCAGGGGUCUGUGGGAGCUAAGACUGAGGAGUUCAUUUUGGCCUUGCAUGGGGAGCCCGUUCGUCCACUGGAAGAACAGGGGCUGCAAGCUCAGACUGUCUUAGUCAAUGACACAGUCUCGGGGUUUAUUGGGACAGAUGUGGUCCUGCACUGCAGCUUCACCAAUCCGCUCCCCAAUGUGAAGAUCACGCAGGUCACGUGGCAGAAAGCCACCAACGGCUCCAAGCAGAAUGUGGCCAUCUACAACCCUGCCAUGGGGGUCUCCAUCCUCUCUCCCUACAAAGAGCGGGUGACUUUCCGGAAUCCUUCCUUCAAAGAUGGCACCAUCCAGCUCUCUCGGCUAGAGCUGGAGGAUGAGGGAGUUUACAUCUGUGAGUUUGCUACCUUCCCAACAGGCAACCGGGAAAGUCAACUGAACCUGACUGUGCUGGCCAAGCCCACGAAUCGGAUGGAGGGCACCAAGCGGCCACUUAUUGCUAAGUCUGGCAGGACAGAAAAGAUCUUGGUAGCUACCUGCACCUCCUCUAAUGGGAAGCCCCCCAGCACUGUCACCUGGGACACCAAGCUCAAAGGGGAAGCGGAGUUUCAGGAGAUCCGGAAUAGCAAUGGCACCAUCACAGUGAUCAGCCGGUACCGGUUGGUGCCGAGCCGGGAGGCCCACCGGCAGCAGCUCAUGUGCGUGGUCAAUUACCAGCUGGACCGCUUCACUGACAGCAUGACCCUCAACGUGCAGUAUGAGCCAGAAGUCACUAUUGAGGGCUUUGAUGGCAACUGGUUUCUCAACCGGAAGGAUGUGAAGCUGAUAUGCAAAUCUGAUGCCAACCCCCCAGCUCACACCUAUGAAUGGAAGCUGCCAAACGGGACUCUGCCAGGGAGUGUGGAAAUCCAGAACAACACCAUCUACUUUAAAGGACCUGUCUCCUACAGUGUGGCUGGCACCUACAUCUGUGAGGCCUCCAACGCCAUCGGAACACGGUCGGGCUUGGUGGAAGUCAAUGUCACAGAUAAGCCACUACCUCAGGGUGCCCCAGGAGGCAUUAUUGGGAUCGUGGGAGGAGUCAUCGCAGCAGCUCUCAUCAUCGGCGUGGCUGUCACCGUAAUUAUUGUCUACAGGCGGCAACAAAAGAACCGCACUGAAACGGACAAUGACCUAAUUGACUUGCCUCCAUCCCACAAACCUGCCCCUCCACCAAAGAGGAAACAGGAGAUGAAAAGCCACCUGACUGCAGAAGACAUCCAGGUUGUUCACUUAGACAACAUGAAACACGAGGAGGAAAUCCAGAAACUCCCUUUGCAGACUCCAUACUAUGACAUGGCAGCCACCGAGCCCUCUCCCUACACUGACAAACUGAAUGAGGAUCAAGGUCUUCGUAGACGUAAUGAGCGAGAAUGGACAAACUUUGGAAAGUGUCACUCAGAGAUAUCGAAUGCGAGUGAUUACCUGACCCGCUGUUACUCUCAUGAAGAUCGAUAUCUGGAGAAGAUCCCUCAUGUCUAUACCCCCUUGUCAGAUCUCCCGCAAGAUCUUUAUCCUCAUCGUUCUGACAUCUCCUUCUGCUGCCCACCUCCCGGUUCCCGGGCUCCUUACAUCUGUCCUAAGGAACAGUAUGUUUAAAGUGUCAACACAGCAAAUGAAAAAGCUAAUGUUUUUCACUUCUCCUGACCCUGUCGCUCAACAACCAAGGCCUUUUAGAUCCCCCCCUUUGCCAUUGCUUAUUUUAUUUAUCAAUUUUUAAAUUUUGGUGCAACUGUAAUUGACAUGAUUAGGUUAAGUAUCUGCCUGGCUUGCUAAUGCUCAAGGGAACACUCUGCCUUUGCCCACGUCUCAUUCAGUACUUGCAUCUUUCUUUUCUCACCCUGGCCCUCCUGUAUCAAGCUGGCUAUGUGUGUGCAUGUGUAUGUGGAUGACAGCUGCC